CGCCGCCAUGCCGACCCUAUCAGCGAGCGGAAUCAUUUCUACACCAAUCUGCCUGACACUGGAGUUGACUGGGGCACUGUGAGGGUCGGAGACGCCGUCGCUGCGGACACAGCGGCGCUAUGUUUUCCUGCGUGUUCGUGUUUCGUAUCGCCGUUGCACAGGGACACUUGUGUUGCUAGCUACGCUAGCGUUAGCUUGAGUCGAGUCGUGGGGUAGUGACAGUCCGGCCGGAGGCGGGGAGUCGAAACAAACUGAGAGAUCCAGAAAACUUCCAAAUCCGUAUCACUUGGAAACCAUAAGAGAUGUCUGCUCAUGAAGAUAAAGUAAAAACUGGCAGUCCCCAGGCCAGCUCUGCUUCAUUCCUGCAGCUCCCAGAUUGUACUGGAGGUUACAGUAAUAUAUCUGUAAUGGUGGAGGGUACCAGAGACCCACCUGACCCACCCGACUGUGCUGCUGCAUGUCCUGUCCCAGGCACCGCAGCCUCACCUAAACACACCAGCACGACUGACACGUUUUCUCACUCGGAUAAUGCUGGAGAAAGAGCCAGGGGGAACGAGAAUAACAUCAAUCGCAGGAACAGCUUUCAUCAUUCCAAACAACAGCAACAAACAAAGCUAGCAAAACGGCGCAACACAGCAAGCUCUAGUUUCAAGCAUCCGUCAUCUGGUAAGAGGAGACGAAGGGCAAACUCUGAGAGUGACUCCGUCCUGCCAACCAACUUCCUUUUAGGUGGGAACAUUUUUGACCCCCUGAAUCUCAACAGCCUGCUGGAUGAGGAUGUCAAUAGGGCACUGAAUGCAGAGACGCCCAAAUCCUCCCCUCUUCCAGCAAAGAGUCGAGACCCAGUGGAGAUCCUUAUACCCAGGGACAUCACUGAUCCACUGAACCUUAACAGUGGGAUAGCAGACAGCAGCUUUUUAGUGUCCUCCUAUAGGAGCAGUGGCAGGAAGAGACACCGCAACAGACACCAUGGGGGAGGGGGAAGUGGAGGUGGCAUUUCCUCCACACAGAUCAAUAUCUCAGAAUCAGGAAAAGGUGAGGUUACAUCUGGCAGCUCCAUACUGCUUCCAGGUGCAUUGGCCUCAUGUUCUGCACUAGAUCUCUCCAAAGACUCAGACAGUUUCUCCAGUACCACAAAGGAAUCCCAUGAGCACUCAACUGACAAUUCUGCCAACUCUAAAGAAGAAAUGACAUCUGCAUCUAUUGAGGAUUCCACUUCCUCCAUAUUGGGAGGACCAAACCAUCAUACAAGCAGGCGCAAGCGCAGGCGCAACUCUGGCAAAAUGGAGCCUCCUGUAACCCAUUCUACUCCCAUUGGAAAGUCAGGGUCUGCUGAUAAGUGUUGUGCUACAGGGGGACAGAGAAACUCCCAGUCGUUCCACACCCCAAGGAGUGGUUCUAAGCACCAGCAGCACCACAACCAGGUGAAGGAGAACCAGAGGAAGUUCCAAUACGGGAACUACAACAAGUACUACGGCUACCGCAACCCAGGUGCUAGUGAAGAUUCAAGGGUGCGUUUGCUUCGUCCAGAAUGGUUUGAAGGUAAAGAGGUCCUGGAUUUGGGAUGCAACUCAGGCCAUCUAACACUUUAUAUUGCCAAAGUGCUAAAACCUGCCCGCAUAUUAGGCCUGGAUAUUGACGGCGGUCUCGUACAUGCAGCCCGAAAGAACAUCAGACAUUAUCUUUCUGAGCUGCAGACCCAAGAGGCCAGACGUGCUAUGCAGGAGAAAACAUGCACUGAACAGGAGGAGAGGAAUGGAAAUGAUAGUCACACUGGCACUGGAAAGAAGCACAAUGAAGCAGAGAACAGGAAUGAAAAUGGGAAACCAGAGAAAAAAGAAAGUGUCCUUGCAGCAGCUGUAAAUGACAAUGACUCCUGUCACACAGAUGAGGCAGGGACCCAGAGGCAAAGCUGCAAAACAGAGGAAAUGGAGCAGGAAGAUUGUGAUUCAGCCACCGCUGAUCACUCUGUGAGCUGCUCUUUUCCCAUGUCCCUGCGCAUCGCCAGGGGACCCAUCGCUGCACCUCCACUAACAGAAUCAUCCAGCCCACGGCCCGGAGAGUUCCCCUCAAAUGUGUCCUUCGUCAAGGCCAACUAUGUACUGGAGAACGAUACCCUGCUUAUGACUCAGCGGCCAGAGUAUGACGUGAUCCUUUGCCUGAGUGUUACCAAAUGGGUUCACCUGAACUGGGGAGACAGUGGCCUCAAGCGGCUCUUCAAGAGAGUCUACAGACACCUCCGUCCUGGAGGAAUGUUCAUCCUAGAGCCACAGCCGUGGAAGUCCUACGUGAGGAGGAAGAAGCUGACUGAUAAUAUCUGCAGGAAUUACCACAGCAUCCGCCUCAGACCUGACGAGUUCUCAUCAUACCUCACAACUGAGGUGGGCUUCACCAGUUUUGAGUUCCUUGGGGCCCCCAAAUGUUCAAUAAGAGGUUUUCAGAGGCCAAUCUACUUGUUUCACAAAUGACCGCUCCUGCCUUCAUGAUCGUUGAAUGUGAGUAUCCUAAAUACAAGCCACCCAGCCGCCCUGGACUGCAAGGAACUAUCGGGAAUCCUUAACAGUUACUCCAGCUUUUCACAUGCUGAAGAUCAAAUUCACAAUGGACAAAUGGGACCAGAAGUUUCAUUAAUUGCAUAAAGAUGGGAUCUGAUGACAACGGCACGUAUCAGAAUUUUCUUGGACAAUUCAUUUUUCAUUGACAUGGAACUCUUAAGAGGAGUCGGUAAUGUAUAACCCUAGCCAACGAUGGAGGAUAUGCUCAUCUGAACAGUUUCUUGGACUAUCUUAGCGCUAAUGAUGACCCAGUUUGACGGAUAGCCAUAACGUGUUUGAAUACCUGCUGCCAUUCAUCUCUACUUUCAUGACUUUAUUCUGUGAUUCCACGUUACCAUACAUUAUAUACAUAUUAGGGUUGUGAGAUCAGGAGUAAUGUUCCAGUGUGGCACCAUUGGGAAAUUGUCUCACUGCAAAACUGCUUCCCACAGACAUGGUCUCCGCUCACUGCAACACUUGAGUGCAGAGGAAGGACACUGCAGUCUGUGGGUAAAUGAAGUCCCAUAUUCUCAGGGCUUCAUAUCAAAUUAUGAUUUAAAUAGGAAUGCACACAAUUUUGCAGAUUUUAAAGCAGCCAAAUAGAGAGUCAAUCAGCCAUAGAGUCGUCAUAUCACAAAUAGCUGAUGUGCAGUUUUUGUCCUAUCUCCCAACCCAAAUAUGCAGUGUACUUGUCAUUACUUUGCAAAAUAGGCCCAAGAGUUGCAUAACUGUUAAAACUCCAUAUUGUGUUAUUGAUGACCUGUGGAAAAUGGUUGGAUUAAGAGAAGAAUAUAUUCAUGACCAAUUAGAAAUGUGCACCCAAAACAACCAAAAUGAUAAAAUAUCCUGUGAAAUGCUGCAAUUUUAUUGUAUGUUGUUUCAGUGUUUUUGUGAAUUUGUAAAGGUAAUGAUGGGCAAAUUGGUAAACCAGUCACCAUAGUCAGAACCACUCUUGUUAUGGACCAUAUUAUGGCACAUUUCCACCUGCUCAACUCGACUCAGCACGGCACGGCUAUUUUGCAUUUCCACUAGCGAUAGCACCUGCUCUGGCGAGGCUCCAAGUAGGUACUACUUUGUAGUGGAAAACCAACCUUAUCCACACUGUGCUGUGGCGAGGUGAGCCGGGACCAUAGGUGGAAGAGGUUUAGAUUCUGUCACUUUGAGAUCCAGUGUGGAAUAAUUAGUGGGAAUUAGUGACAUCUAAUGGUGAGAGUGCAACAAAGGGAUGUUUCCUCCUUCUUGGUUAUUGAUUUAUGCUUCAGAUUUAUGUGGGCGGAGACAUUCUUCCUUUCUUCAUUGUAUAAAGCUUCCUCUUCACAAUUCAAAAUGCACGUCCAUUUGGGCAACUGUAGAGACACGGUGGCACAAGAUGGUGCUUCCAUAAAGUUUGACCUUGAGUUUUUUCGUCUUUUGUAGCUUAUCCUAAGGCUACAAAAGACAAAACUUUUUCUCUUUUAUAGUGAAAGUGACACGCCAUAGACAAACAGACGUGAGGGUAGUAUAUUCUGUAAUCACAUUUUUUACAUGACGGUAAUAAUAAAAAUGGCAACAUCAUAGAAAGACUUCUUGAGUUCCUCUUUAAGACGUUCUACAAGUAUAGUAAGAUUUGGAAAAGAAAACUUUGUGAAUCGUCUCAAAAUUGACAUCAGCUACAAUUUUAAACUUGAAAAAUUCAUGUUUAAUAAAAUAAAUAAAAUAAAGUCUUUUGGCUGUUUUGGGUGUAACUCUGUAAGCAAAAGAGCAUUUCAUGGGUUCUUCAUUCCAAGAAUGAUUCAACACAGAGAUGGCGAGGACUAUUUUGCAAAGUAGACCUGUGGCAUGCAGUUGUCUGUUUCCUUUUUUUAACUGACAGUUAAGCCAUACUCCUACUCGCGUGUUGUUUACAAUACCCUCCACCAGGUUCUGACUGAGAAUAUAAUUGAGAGUAAAAUUCAAGGUCAACGACCAUGAACAGAGAGCUGCUACGGUGUCUUCAGUGCUGUUUAAAUGUGGAGUCUGUUCAUCACUGCUGGACACACAUUAAUUCAAACAGCAUGAGAAUCAAUUAUUACCAUGUUGUGUUUUUUAACGUCUGUGAGAUUAAACAAAGAUGACAGUUCAAUGACUGGAGUCUAUCAUAGUGACUUCUUUUUUCUUUUACCAAAUUUGAACAUUAGUAUGCUGUUUGGAUUAAAGUGCUGCCAGAAUAAUUUAUGGGUCUUUUGCUCUUGAAUUGGACAAUAUUUCAUCAGUCUAAUGAGGAUAUGUACGAGUUGCAGGGCAUCGCUGUUUGCGAUUGUAUCUUAAUUGGUGUGCACUGAGCUCCACUCACCUACAAUGCUUUUAUUUGACUUGGCGAGGACUGAAAAUCUUUCUUUUUUUUGUGACUGAUGACAUUUGGCACACAAGGUCAUGAGAGGAUGGCGAUGUAUGUUUCUAUUUUAGUAUGAGAUCAAUGUAAAGGAGUUUAAAGGUUUUUGUUUUACUGUUGUUAAUAUUUAGUUCAUGACUGCUUUUGUCAUUUCUUUUUCCAGUGGAUUUGUUUUUGUUAUGUUUUCAAACGUUUGUUGCCAAUCUGCGAGUAAGUCACAGGUCAGAGUUUUUGUCUGCUGAAACAGAUCAGUAAUUCAGUUCUGGAACAACACAUGUGCAAAGUAUGUGCAUCGCAGAGUUCUGAUGUGUUUGCUUUUUUCUGUCCUGGCAGGCACAUGCAUUGUUAAAUUAGCUUUUUUGUUUUUAUUUGAAAAGACUGUUUGUGUUGAUGCACUUUCAUUUCACCUUGUUUGACAUGUGCGACUUUUUAAAAAAACAUUCUUAAAGAUUCAGAUUUGCAUAUGUUUUUCUGUCUGACUUUUUAUUACAAAUUGUGGGACACUAAUUAACCUAUGAAAAUGAAGCCUCAGGUUACGCUUUGAAUUGAAAGUGAAUUAGCCGCAGCCUCCGUUGUCCCAACAGACACAGCCCCUAAUCACACCUUUCUCCUAAGCUACGACAAUCUGAUUCUUAGGCUUCGAUCAGCCCACUGCUGUUAUUUUAAGGGCAUUUUCCUUCUUUGCAUUAACAAUAUUUUCUUUUUAGUAGGUUAAACAAUAAGCAUUUUUGUUUGAACUGGUUAAAAGCUCAUUUGUGUUUUUGCCACUAAUGUUAAAGAUUGCACCUUACUGUCUCAGCAGCCUACUCAGAACCAUGUGAGCCUGACUUGUGAGUCCAGGCAUUAAAGCUAAAGCAUGUCUUUUGGAGGUGUGAAAUUACAUGUUGUGUAUCGUGUGCUGUAUAAACAUUUUGUACUUCCCUUGAAGUCUUGCACAAAGUUGUGCUUAUUACAGAAAAAAAUUAAACUCCCCUUGUAUCAACAGGAUUUAAUGCCAGUGAGAAAUGGCACUGUUUCUAUUUCAUGUUCCGUGACGGUCAGAUUUCUUAUUCAGGUUAUAGUUUACUGUAAUUAAAGAGUCAAUUUGAUUAGAUAAAUUACAAUGAAAGCACAGUUUAUUGUAUUUUUUUAUUAUGUGUGUAUAUAAUAUUUACAAUUUGAAGACGGGGACCCAUUUAAGAAAAUAAUAAUAAUUAAAUGCACUAUUAUAUUAUCUGGCAUUUAAUUGAUUUUUAAAAAAAGCUGCUCUGGAUUCUAUGUCAUGCUGAGUUAUGCCAAAGAUAGUAAAAGUCACAUCCUGCAGCUGCUUAAAUUUUCUAAAUUCUAACUCCUAUAUCCUAAAAUCAUAUGCAUUUCCUUAGAAGCUACAACCUGAUUAUAAGAUUACAUCAGCCUUCACAAAUAAAUCUUAAGUAUUUAUCAACUAUUGUCGACCUGAGGCUCAUUAUGAGAGGUUUCAUUCCAUGAAGGUUCAUAAUCGGGUCAAACGGGAUAAUAUGCAGGACAACAAAUGCAAAAAUUCAAGGGGUGCAGGGUUUUCAAUGGCACUAAAAUCCACCUCUUCAUGUUGAAUUUGCACUGAUGUGACUGGAGGGAAUUAAACAAGUUAAGCAAA